AUGGAUUCACAACUCGGCCCGCCACCCUCGAGCAUACGCAUCCUGUCGCUCAAUUGCUGGGGUCUCAAGUUCAUCUCCAAGCUGCGCAACGAGCGCCUUACUGAAAUCGGAAACCAGAUCGCCGCCGCCAGUCCACAGCCAGACAUUGUCGGACUCCAGGAGUGCUGGACCCAGCAAGAUUACAAUGCCAUAAGGGAGAAGACACAACACAUAUUGCCUUAUGGCAAGUUCUACCACAGCGGAAUCUUCGGUGGUGGUUUAGUCAUUCUGUCACGAUGGCCUAUUCUCGAGAGCAACAUGGUGCGGUAUCCUUUGAACGGACGGCCUGCUGCUUUCUAUCGCGGCGAUUGGUUCGUGGGAAAGGGGGUCGCAUGUGCGAGGAUCCAGAUGGGGCCGUCAAAGAGAGAUAUCGCAGAGGUGUUUUGCACGCAUCUCCACGCCCCAUAUGAACGCGAACCACACGACUCCUACAUUUGCCAUCGAACAGCCCAAGCGUGGGAGAUCACAAAACUCAUGCGCGCCGCGGCUGAACGCGGACAUCUCGUCAUUGGCAUGGGCGACUUCAACAUGAUCCCCUUAUCCCUCGCGCACCGUAUCAUAGAGACGCAUUCACCUGUCCGAGACGUAUGGCGCAUUCUCCACCCCGAAUCCUCCAUCGGCGCGGCAAAAGACAAGGUCGAGCAGGUUCGCGGCGUACCAAUGCCAUCUGCGCAGUUCAACAUGACUGUCAAUGGAGCAACGUGCGACAGUGAGCUGAACUCCUGGCGGUGGAACAAAGGACAACAGAGACGUCUCAAUAAGGGUGAGAACGUGCAAAUAGAUCCUGCCGUUCCAGACCCCAAUGCGAAGCGACUUGACUACGUCUUCUUCAGCAGCGGGCGAUACCACCACCCAGAGACCAAGGAGGAGACAGCUGAGUGGGAGCUCAAGGAAGCUAACGUAGGCAUGGCGAUGCGUCAUCCUACGCUACACUGUUCCUUGAGCGAUCAUUUCUCCGUCGAAGCGACACUGACGAGGACUUCUACUGAUCCGUCAGCCAUACGGCUAUCCCCGUGGGCACUGCCUGAGAAAUAUUUGCCCAUCGAGGUCUAUGACGAGAUCAUGGCAACCAUACUCAAGUACCAGGUCCGAGAAAGGAUACAGCGCAAGCUGCGCAUAGGUCACUUCUUCUACCAGCUCUCAUUCUCCGUUGGCUGCCUAAUAGGUGUCUGGUGGUCACCCAAGAACUACGUUGCCUUUAUACUGAUGUUGUUGAGUACAUUGGGAUUUAGUGUUGGUGUCAUCGAUGGAUUGAUGGGGUUGUUGUUUGUUGGUAGCGAGAUCAGGGCACUCAAGGAAUUCGAGUGGGAAGUCCGGAAUACCAGAGAGCGGGCGCUCGCAAAGGGGCAAAUUUCAAAGGUUGAUUCUCAGAGCAGUGAGAUACCUAACUACGCGACAACACCAAGACCUCUUCCCGCAUCAAACCUCGCAUACGACUCGACCCCCCAACGCGCGGCUCCGAAGUCCGCAGCCCUCGCGAUGAGCGAAUCCCAGCCACAGCAGGCCAGCGGCGGCCAGCAGCAAGGCCAGCAGCUGCUACGCCCCGAUGACAUCCUCAAGCUACAAUGUCUUCCCGAAGACGAGAAGCAGAAGUACCGCUUGAUCAUGCAGAGCUCUUGGAACAUCUUCAACAACAACCCGCCGGGCAGCCAGGAGAACACCACGGCGCGUCAGAAGCUGACGGACUGGUCGCAAAAGUUCAUCGCGCGCGAACGCCAGUAUCGCGCAAAGAUGAAGGCACAGCAGCAACAGGGAAAUCAGAACCAAGCGCAAGCUGGACAGUCGAGUGCAGCCGGCCAGCAGAACCCCAAUGCGGUCAAGCAGGAAGGAGGCCAGGGUUCCAAUGGAGGAGCUGGUGGUACCGGCGCGCAACCCAACCAGCAGAACCAAGGACAACAGCCCAACCAAGGCCAGAACCCAGGACGCGGCCAGGUCGAUCCUGCUAUCGUCAAGCAUGUCCACGAGUUCCCCAUGCAGGGACCCACGAAUGGACCGGCGCCAGGCACACCCGAGUACGAGACCAAAAUCAAGGAGUACCGAUCUGGUUAUCUUAACAUGCUUGCCAAGCAAGCUUCCUUUAACGAGCAGAGACGGCGGCUUGUUCAUCAGCUUACCGAAAGGCAGAACAACGGGCAGGAACUACCCCAGGAACAGCUCAUGAUGAAGGCCAACAUCGAGAAGGAGUCUGCUAAGAUCAAGGCCCAGAUUGACAAGUUCCGUGCCAUGCAGAAGCAAUGGAAGGAUGAACGCGAGGGAAAUGCGCAGGGCCAGGCUCAGGCGCAACCUCAGAGCCAGAACACAGCGCAAUCGCCCCCACAGCAGCAACAGCAGCAGCAACCGCCGCAACAACAGCCCCAAGCGCCUCAGCGCCAGCCUUCACAACCUAACAUGCCCGCGCAGCCCCAAGUGAAAGAGGAGCCGCAAAUCAAGAUUGAGGGCGGACAGACACUACAACCACAACCACAACCCCAACAACAAUCGCAAACUCAACCCCAACCACAACCCCAGUUCAACAUGCAACAAAACCAGGGAAACCACCAGCAGGGCCCGCCGCAACAGCAGCAUAAUCAACAACACAACCAGCAGAUGCCGCCUUCACUUCCGCAGCAGCAGCAACAAAUGCAGCAAGGACAGCAGCAAGCUCGACCUCCACCAGGGCCUCACUCGCAGACGAUGCCUCCAGGUCAGAUGCCGCAAUUUGCGCAAGGACAGCAGCAACAGAACUUCCACCAGCAACAACAGCAGCGACCUCAGAUCAACCCCAUGCAAGCGAACGCGCACCAGCAGAGCAACUCACCACACCCUCAAUCCGCCGCCUCGAACGCGCCCGGCCCACCAAUCCCUCUCUCCCACAGCGCCGCCGUCAGCGCCGCGAACCGCUCCUACACCGACCCGCAACGCACAAACACACCUAUGCAGCAAGGCGGACAAGGCGGCAACUUUGGCAGUCGCGAGCGCGAGCAGCUUAAUAACCCGAAGAUGCCCAUUCCACGCCAUCUGAAUGUCACCUCACCACAAGCCGUCCACAUGGGCCAAUCCCGGCCUACUAUGAGUGGGCCAACCAACGGCGCGCCAGGACCCAUGGGCCAACCCGUCAUUCCACGUCCACCACCGUUCCAACUCGAAGGCGAAGGCGACCGAGUGCUCAGCAAGCGUAAGCUAGAUGAGCUCGUGAGGCAGGUAACCGGUGGAUCAGAAGAAGCCCUAACACCAGAAGUUGAAGAGGCCGUCCUCCAACUCGCCGACGACUUCGUCGACAACGUCAUCAGCAACGCGUGCAAGCUUAGCAAGCUGCGCGACUCGCCCCAACUCGACAUCCGCGAUAUCCAAGUCAUUCUCGAGCGCAACUACAAUAUCCGUAUUCCGGGUUAUGCGUCUGAUGAGGUGAGGACUGUGAGGAAGAUUGUGCCUGCGCAGGGCUGGGCGAACAAGAUGAGUGCGGUUAAUGCGGCGAAGGUUAUGGGUGGGAAGGCGGACUUUUAG